GCGGAGCGGAGCCAGAAACGGAACGGAGCGCUCCAAAACUACUUCUGGGUGCAAGAUUUGCAGUUGCAUUGCGUUGCAACGCUCUUUGCACUUCGUUCUGGUAAAUUGAUUGGAAACGUUCCGUCAAGAAAUGUGGAAUGAUUUUUUGUUUUUUGCUACAAGCACAACGGCCGCAAACUUAACGCGAACACGAAAGGAGUGUGGAGAGGGCGUGAUGGUGACGGACCCGCUCUCAUCCUGCGCGAGCUGGACUUUAUUGUUUCUUGUCCGCCCCCUGGCUCGCGCGACUGCGGAGGCUGUGGAACGCCGCCGUGCUGGUCGCGUGGCUCCUUUGUAUAUAGCAGCUGCCCCGAAAUGCACGGGCAAACAUUGCGGCUUGACACAGAUAUAGCAGCCCUCCGGGAAAAUCAACACCCAGCAACUCGCAUUACAGCUUUGAACUAGCAAGCUAGCUAACAAUUGGCAGCCGGCCAGUAAAACUGGAAGAGGAUUUAUCAACGAUUCACAAUUUACUACUUCUCGCUAGUAUUUGUUUCACCGUGGACCAUCCCGACUGGAUCUUCCGCUUUUCUCCGCUAUCUCAGCGCGCGGAUUUUUAAAACGAGCAGGGAUAAGACGCGACCCACGGAACGCUCUAAACUUGAGUUUGGUUAAGCCCCUUGCAAUUUCAAAACAUCAUGGAUGUACGGCUUUACCCCUCUGCCAGUGGGAAUCCUAUUCCCGGUGACCCGUCAAACCUGUCCUUUCACCACUGUCUGGGUUACUUCGAUUACAACAAGUUCGGGAACCAUAACAGUUACAUGAAUAUGGCUGAGGCAAAUGGCGCACUACUGCCAGCUGAAGACCACACAUUCCACACUCCCAGCCUGGGAGACGAAGAGUUUGAGAUCCCCCCCAUCACGCCUCCCCCCGAGGUCGAGGGCUCCCCCUUCCCCGGGCUCCUGGACCCCCCGUCCCCGCAGGAGGGACCGUUCACCCCUCAGUUCCCCCCUCAGAGCCUGGAGCUGCCCUCCAUCACCAUACCCCGUAACCGUGGAGACCAGGAGGACCCACUCCUCAGGAGCAGUCUGCCCAUGAACAUUGGGCAGGCCCGCCUUCAUCAGAGUCACCCCAGUCCCUCAGCAGUCUCGGGGUCCAGUGCCAUGACCACCACCAACCAAUCCCAGCUGAGUGUGCAGCUGGGCUUGAACGUGAUUGGACCAAAUAUCUCCCACACCUCCCCCUCCCCUCCUGCCAGCAAGUCUGCCACGCCCUCCCCCUCCAGCUCCACCAAUGAAGAGGACCCGGAUGACGGCACCAGGGCGACCGGAGAGAAGCGGCCGCCUCCGGACCCCGGCAGAAAGCCAAAGACCCCCAAAAAGAAGAAGAAGAACAGAGACCCCAACGAGCCGCAGAAGCCCGUCUCGGCAUACGCGCUGUUCUUCCGUGACACACAGGCUGCCAUCAAGGCCCAGAACCCCAGCGCCUCCUUCGGGGAGGUGUCCAAGGUGGUGGCCUCCAUGUGGGACGGCCUUCGGGACGAGCAGAAGCAGCUCUAUAAAAGCAAGACGGAAGCUGCCAAGAAAGAAUAUUUAAAAGCCCUUGCCGUGUAUCGCGCCAGUUUGGUUUCAAAGGCUGCGGCGGACUCUGUGGAGGUCCACUCCAUGCGCUCGGUCCAGCAGACGCUGACCUCCGCCAGGCUGUCUCCCUCGCUGCUGCUGCCCCCGCACCCCCCCUCCACCGCCCCGGCCCUGCAACAGGCCCUCCCUCGCUCCCUGGCCCCCAGGAUGAGGCUCCCGGGGGGAGCGGGAACCCAGGGCCUGCCUGUCGGGGGCCCCUCCCGGCCAAUGGGCAUGGGCGGAGCACUAGGGAUGGGACAACAGACAACACAGCCCGCCCAACACCAUCAGCUGCAGCAACAACACCUGCAGCACCACCACUUGCAGCAGCAACUGCACCACCAGCAACUCCAGCAGCAGAUGCAGCAUCAGCAUUUUCAGCAGCUGCAGCAGCACCAGCUGCAGCAGCACCACCUGCAGCAGCAGCAGCAACGGCAGCAAAUGCAGCAACACCACCUGCAGCUGCAGCACAUCCAGCUACAGCAGCUGCAUCAACAGCAGAUGCAGCAACUCCAGCAGCAGCAUCCAUCCCAGUGUUCCCCCGGGACGCCCCAGUCUGCCAGCCACCGGCCCAGGUCCCAGCAUCACCUCCAGGCCCAGAUACAGGCCCCUGCCCCUGCCCCUGCCCCUGCCCAGACCCUGUCCCAGGUCAGCAUCUACUGACCCACCAUGAUACUUCAAAGAGGAAUAUAAUGGAAGCAUCUGUUUAUGCUGCUUUUCUCCGUUGCACUUAGGAAGUGUGUAUGAAUUAUAUAUGUUUCACGAGGGACUGCCCAUCGGUAAUGAUAUGCAGACACGUGCAUACAGGAAUGAAUAUCUGAAAUUGAUUUUGUCUAUAAAAUAGGCAGUAUUGUGAAAAAAGUGACCAAAUGACCGUUCUACAAUUCACAAAACUGACUUAAGGCACAUAAACAGGAAGUUAACCUGUAAAUCUCAAAGGGAAUUUUCCUGCACUUAUUUAAUGGCAAAGCUUUAUUUAUGAGGUUGAAGGUGGCAGUUCAGCUCUGUGUACUGUGCAGGGUAAUGAAUGGUUUUGAACAUUUCUGUGUCCGCGGGCGUGCCCCAAGUGUGGUUUGUCUUCCCGGAUGCAGUUGUCAACAAAGGGGAACACCAGGACAUCUCGAAUGGAAGUUCAACCCGUAUCGCACUCAUGAAAUGGGUGUUUCUUCACUGGCCAGUAUCUUGUGAGAUUUCAGUUCUGCACUGUUAAUUUACUUUCUCAUAAGCCAGAAGAUCAUUCUUCAUGUGACAAGAGCACAGGACUGGAAGUAUUCAUGCUAUUUUUUUAAUAUAGAGGAAUGACCUUUCAUAUCUUUGUGUUAACUGUGAUGGUGCUCUACUGCGGGUGUCUGAAGAAAGGAAUCAGACCAGCGAUAAAUAUUUAACUCACUCAGUGUAAAUGGUACUCAAGAAAGAUCUCACCCCUCGCGUAUUUGUCUUUACCUCAGAUUUCAGACACUCUAAAUUGUCUAUUCUUUUUAAAAGCUGAUAUUUUAUGGUACAGUAUGUGUAAAUUUGAGGUUGAUGGUUUAAUUAUUAUGUAUUUUUACACUAUUGCUUCUUAGCACAAACUAAUCAAAAGAAAAAAGAAAAAUAACCAUUCUGUUGCACUGUCAAUUAAAAUGUAAAAAGGCCAUUAUAGUAUUUUGUGCCAGCUGUGCAGAAAUACUGAAAUAUGUUAAUUUUAUCACAUUGUAAAGUUUUUAAUCUGUGAGGCUUUAAUUAAAUCAUUGGUAAAACGACCUGUGCAUUGUCACAUCACAUGGUGCAUUUCUGCUCUUUUAUACUUUUUUAUGAGUUAAUUAUUAUUAAAAAAAUAGCAGUAAUUAAGUUUUUUGUAUUUUGCUUACAAAAACAACUGCUUUUUAUCCCUUUCUAUAGAAAAAAUGCUGUUUUCAAGUCUGAAUAGACAUAUUAAUUUGAAAAUGAGUUUUGCUUGGUCAUGAAGUGAAACAUUCCAGCUCUAAUUCCAUCACUAGCCA